AUGAUUACAAAACGAGCACUGAAACAAGUAGUGAUAGUAGGAGUGUUUGCACUGGCUCAUUUGCAGAAUGUCAAAUGCACUGUGCUAUCAGAAGAAGAUGCAGUAAACAUAAAAGACUACUGGAGCGAUAGAAUAACUUAUAUGGAAAAAGAAGUUCAAAUCCGCAGAGACUUUCUUAGUAAGGCCGAGUGUUUUAGAUGCAACGAAAUACCAUCUGAUGCUCUUAGCAAAUACCUGAAAGAAGGAAACGAUAGUCUAUCUAGCAUAGAGACAAAACUGCUAGAUUUUAAUGAAAGUGCAAAGGAUAUAGUAGAAAAAACAGAAAAACUGGUAGAUUUAGAAAGUUUAGAAGAAGCUGGUGAACAGAAAAUGAAUGUGCAUGAAAUGCACUCGUUUAGGACAGACAGAGAAGAGGAGUAUGCCAUCUUGCAGCAGUCUCUUCCAUCCGCCCUUUUUAAGACUGAUUUGCUGAACAGCGAAAUAAAAAGGUUUGAUUCAAGUAUAUUAGGAUUAAUAGAGGAAUACAGCAAAAUGAAAAACACCCCCAUCAAAAUACAUGAAAUGGCGCUGUUUAGGCUGGCAAAGACGGGCAGACCUUUUGCUGUAGAUAUGGUAUACUCUCUCUUUAAGGUAGAGCCAUUUAAACGAGGCGCUGAUGUAAAAAAGACAGUGAAAUACAUAAAGGAAAAAAUGAGCAACUAUAUUCCCGGCAUGGAUCUCACACGCUACAUGUAUGCCAUAAAGAACGACAUAAAAAAAGACGAAGUAGACCUACUGGCGCUGGCUGAUAAGCACUUCCACACGCUAUUUGGAAGAUAUGGAGCUGAUGCGGCGGAUAUAGACGUCUAUCUUGACCUGCUAAAAGAAAAACUGUCUGAAGAGGAAAUAGACCAGUACGUUAAUAUUGUGCCAGGGCAGAUCAUGAAAAUAAUAAUGGUAGAGCGUGCAAUGAAUGGAAGCAUCAUGGACCACAGAAAGAACACGUUAUUCUCUAGCCUUGGAAAAGUAAUAGCAAACAUAGGAAAGCCAAAGCACAGCACCACAGAUAUCCACAGAGAGAUCAGAGCUGCAAGAGACAGACAGGAUAAAAUUCUUGAUGCUCUGCACAUUCUGUGGAGUGACUGUAGGCUUCAAACAGAUGCACAGGAAAAAACUAAACAUUUCUGCAAACAGAGCUGCAUAAGCCUUGCCAACCUGGAGGCUUUACAGAAAAGUUUCUUGUCUGUUAAAUGGAUGUAUACGCUGGACAUGCUCACCCCAACAGCAGAAGAGACCACCAGUGACCAAAUGCUUUUCAAAAAAGAGCACUUUGACAUGUCGUACACCCACCCGAUGUGCUACAUUUAUCUGCGGUGUGAAAGCAUCAGCUACUUGGCAAGGACAGACCUUAAAUCCAACAGAAAUCCCUUCACGAGCAGAGAUUCAAAUGGGAUUGCGCUUAGACUGUACAAAAUAAGCAAAAAAAACAGAGGUUUAGAACGAGCUAAGAACAUGAAAGAUUGCAUCAGAGCAUGGUCUUUGGGCAGGGUUGAAGUGAUUAGGAGAGAAGAAGACGGCCAAAGGUAUUCGGACAUGGCCAAUGAAUUUAAGAAGCACUUGGAAAAAUCACCGUAUGGGUGUAGAGUAGAAAUGAGUAAAGAAAAAGCCGAAGCUGCAGCCAAUGAAAGCAACCCAUUGCAGAAAAUUCGCAUGGAAGUUGUCGAAAAUGGGUUUGUGCUAGUUAAUUAG